AUGGGCUGCGCACCCAGCAUCCACGUCUCGCAGAGCGGCGUCAUCUACUGCCGCGACUCGGACGAGUCCAACUCGCCGCACCAGACCACCACCACCAUCUCGCAAGGGGGCGGCGGCGGAGGAGCAGCGUUGCACGGCCUCUUUAUCAAGACCGACGCGGCCGAUGCCAUCCCGUCCGUCAUCGCCUAUCAGAGCCGACACUCGAGCUUCAACUCCCACCGGGAACGGAGGGACACCGGCGGAGGAGGAGGCGGCGCGCACGUCCUCAUCGAGGCCGAGACGCAGACCAGCGACGCCGGUGUCAAGGUUUCUUCUAAAGAACAAUGUAUUGGACCCAUGAGAGUGAGCCAGGAGGCCAUUCAGGUCUUGCUAGUGUUCGCCAAGGAGGACAGCCAGAGCGACGCGUUAUGGUGGGCGUGCGAUCGUGCCGGCUUCAGAUGCAACAUUGCCCGGACGCCCGAGUCUGCGCUCGAGUGUUUCCUGGGCAAGCACCACGAAAUCGUCAUCAUCGACGGACGCCACUCGCGCUACUUUGAGCCUGAGGUCGUGUGCCGGAUGAUCCGUGCCACGAAGCCCUCAGAAAACACUGUUAUUCUCGCCGUUGUGCCACAAAAGCCAUCAGAACAGGACGAACCUUCAGUUCUUCCACUGCUGUGUGCUGGAUUCAGCCGAAGGUUUGUGGAGAACACCAGCGUGUCGGCGUGCUAUAACGAACUGAUUCAACUUGAGCACGGAGAAGUGAGAUGCCACUUCAAACUCAGGGCUUGUAACUCGGCCUUCACGGCGCUGGAGAAGUGUCAGGAAGCCGUAGAGAUCACAAGUGAAGACCGGGUCAUACAAUAUGUGAACCCUGCAUUCGAGCGGAUGAUGGGUUACCACCAGGGAGAGCUUAUCGGCAAGGAGCUGACUGAACUCCCAAAGAGCGACAGAAACCGGGCGGACCUUUUAGAAGCUAUCAAUACCUGCAUUGAAAAAGGAAAGGAAUGGCAGGGAAUUUACUACGCCAGAAAGAAAUCCGGCGACAGCUUGCCACAACACGUGAACAUAACCCCUGUUGUCGGCCAAGGAGGGAAGAUUCGACACUUCGUAGCCAUCAAGAGACCUCAUGUCGACAACAACUGUCAGGUGCACAAAUACAAUAAGGAGGACCGAUGCAGUAUGGAACAUUCUUACCCAGAGUGCCACUCUCUACUCCACCGCGACAGGAGGAAAGACUCGAUGGAUACGAGAUCACUCAGCUCCCGCAGUAGCGACGCUGCCAGUUUACAGAACCGCAGACACUCAUCCGUCGCCAGGAUUCAUUCCAUGACAAUUGAGGCUCCCAUCACCAAGGUGAUCAACAUUAUCAAUGCUGCCCAGGAGAGCAGCCCGCUAACCGUGGCUGACGCUCUGGAGCGUGUGUUGGAGAUUCUACGGACCACUGAGCUUUACUCGCCUCAGCUGGCGUCAAAGGAUGACGACCCACACACCAACGACCUAGUCGGCGGGCUCAUGAGCGAUGGACUGCGGCGAUUAUCUGGCAACGAGUAUGUUUUUUGCAAGAACAUGAGCCAAAGUCAGCUGGCAAUCCCAGUCACGCUGAGUGAUGUGCCUCAAUCCAUCGCCGAAAUGCUCAAUGACGAGGAAUGUUGGGAGUUCAACAUCCUCGAUUUAGAGGCAGCCACACACAAGAGACCGCUGACUUACCUGGGACUGAAGAUCUUCACCAGUUUCGGUGUGUGCGACUUCCUCGACUGUUCCGAGGCGUCGUUGCGCUGCUGGCUGCAGCUUAUGGAGGUCAGCUACCACUCGUCCAACUCCUACCACAACUCCACGCACGCCGCCGACGUACUGCACGCUACCGCCUACUUCUUACGCAAGGAGAGAGUAAAGAGCAGUCUAGAUCAGCUGGACGAAGUGGCGGCGUUGAUCGCUGCCACCGUGCACGACGUGGACCACCCGGGCCGGACCAACUCCUUCUUGUGUAACGCCGGUAGCGAGCUGGCCGUCCUGUACAACGACACAGCGGUGCUGGAGAGCCACCAUGCCGCCCUUGCCUUCCAGCUCACCGCACGUGAUGGCAAAAGCAACAUCUUUAAAAACAUUGAGCGGAACCAGUUCCGAACUUUGCGGCAGGCUAUCAUCGACAUGGUGCUAGCCACGGAGAUGACGCGACAUUUUGAACACGUCAACAAGUUUGUCAACAGCGUCAACAAGCCCAUGGCAGGCAUCGAGGGCAGUGACUGUGAAGGUCAAGCAAACAUGAGGAACUCUCCAGAGAACCGCCUGUUGAUCAAGCGAAUGCUGAUCAAGUGCGCCGACGUGGCCAACCCGUGCAGGCCACUGGAGCUCUGCAUCGAGUGGGCCGGGCGUAUCUCUGAGGAGUACUUUGCUCAGACAGAUGAGGAGAAGAGGCUGGGGCUGCCUGUGGUGAUGCCUGUGUUUGACCGCAACACCUGCAGCGUGCCCAAGUCGCAGCUCUCUUUCAUAGACUACUUCAUCACCGACAUGUUUGACGCCUGGGACGCAUUUGCCAGCUUGCCAGGUUUGAUGGAGAAUCUGUCAGAGAACUACAAGUACUGGAAGACUCUGGACGACAUGAAGUGCAAGAACCUGCGCCCUCCGCCGCCGUCUUGA